AUGCAAGUCCUGGGGGAGGGCUUCAGUGAAACGGAGAUCGCGCUUAUAAUGCGCGAGAGUAUCGCAGGCCUAAAGCAUCUGCACAAACUACGCAAAAUACACCGAGACAUCAAGGGAGGGAACAUCCUCAUCACAGAGACAGGCCAAGUCAAGAUCGCCGACUUCGGGGUGGCGAUUCCCCUACAAAACACUUUUGCCAAAGCCAAUACCUUCAUUGGCACGCCGUACUGGAUGGCGCCUGAGGUUAUCAAAGGCAAACAGUACGACCACACAGCCGAUAUCUGGUCUAUGGGUGUCACAGCCAUAGAGCUGGCGGAGACCCUACCCCCUCUGGCAUCACACCACCCCAUGCGGGUCUUGUUCUCUAUACCGAAUCGCGAACCGGCUCAACUCAAGGAACCAGGCUCGUGGUCCGAGAGCUUCGCCCAAUUCAUCGCGGCGUGCCUGCAGAAAGAACCAUUCAAGCGAUCAAGCACUGUGGAACUACUAAACCACGCUUUCAUCACCAGCAAAAACUUCUCACCCAACCCGCUCAUCGCUACGAUCACCCGAGUGAAGGAGCGCAAACUCAAAAAACAAACGGAGGAAGACAGUGGAGAGGCCUUUGACAUACUACAGAGCCUUGUGUUUGACGAUGACAACGCUAUUCCUGGCCUAGAUACGCUCUCGUGCGGCUCAGUGGAGAGUCUGGGCAACGUUAGCAGUAACAGCAGCAAUUUGGAUCUUAUAGAACGGGCCAUCUAUAGCGAGAGCCUUGCAGCCACCGCCACACAGUCACAGCCCAAUCCACGCUCGGUAUACAAACGCGCACAGUCGCAUGAACCACACACGCGUGUAGCCAAAGGCGAUGGACGGGGACCAUUUGCCAGGCAUAUACAGAGCGGUCGCAUAACCUCAGGGAAAUCAAUGGAUAGCGUAUCCACACCGUCAGGCAAUAUGGGACGACAUAGUGGAACUCGCUCGCAGAAAGGUAUGCGUACACGAACACACACCAACGAGAGCACCGGCAGCAGAGACAGCAGCAGCAGCAGUCGCCUUGGAAAUCUAAGAACAGCUUCAACUGAGUUUAUCAAGACCCAGGGGGGUAGAGGAUCUGGCCCGUCAUCUCCGAUCUCGUCUGUUUACAAGCGAUCGCCGUCUAGUAGCCAAGGCAAUCGAAUGGAUGGACUGACGCUGCGCAGCGAAGACAUUCUACUGAGUGCCCAGCGCUCGCAGAAGCUGAAUGGUGUCAACACAAACUUCCAAAGGAUCAGAAAAUUCGAACGUCUCCAGGAAAGUAAAGCAACAACAUUUGGAAUCGAUGGCGGGGUGGAGACCGUGAGGGAAUCGCCCCAUGACAGAAGCAAGUGGCUGAAUGAGUGCCUUUUCCGCAGCAAAGAGACCACCCUCACCAACAUCGCAACUAUCAAGUGCAACCCAGUGCAGUCCACCUCUGUGCGGCUGCAGAAUCGGAUGCCGGGUCGUGUUCCGAUGUCCGUACCAACACGCCGCAGGCACGCUCCCACUCCGCGCGUGGCGUCGAGUGGGUUUAUGGCGAACACUAUGACAAUGGCUCAAAGCGGCAGUCACCUUAUGUCCCAAUCCCGUACCAGCUUAGUAUAAACCAUGGUUGUAGUACUAUACAAACACCAGUCUCGACCCGAUCGUGUGGUCACCCAUCAUUCCUAGUUUGUUGUCCGUGCCCAGGCCGUGGCCCGGACGAGUGGCUGUCGCGAUCUAUUCAAAAGCCCUUCUACUGUCGUGCAGUAACACUUAGUACUAGGGGUCGUCUCAAAC